CAACCCGGAAGAGGUUUCUGAAUCUAUGCGCUGCAGUGUUACGUAUGGGGCCGAUGGGGUAGUCCAAAUGAGGUGGGAAAGUGGAAAAAUAAAUAUUUCGUUUUUGAUGGCAGUGUUUUACGUAUAGCUGCAUAUACCAUUAACAACACAGUUUCUUCUGUGUACUAUGUUCAAGAAGAUGGCUGAAUUUGGACCAGAUUCCGGAGGGAGAGUCAAGGGAGUGACGAUAGUGAAGCCCAUUGUUUUUGGAAAUGUUGCACGGUACUUUGGGAAGAAAAGAGAAGAAGAUGGACAUACGCAUCAAUGGACUGUAUAUGUGAAACCCUACAGAAAUGAGGAUAUGUCUGCUUAUGUCAAGAAGAUACAGUUCAAACUUCACGAAAGCUAUGGAAACCCUCUUCGAGUGGUGACAAAACCACCAUAUGAAAUUACAGAGACAGGCUGGGGUGAAUUUGAAAUAAUCAUCAAAAUAUUUUUUAUUGAUCCAAAUGAAAGACCGGUCACUCUUUAUCACCUGCUGAAGCUGUUUCAGUCUGAUUCCAGUGCCAUGCCCAAGAAGACAGUAGUGUCUGAGUUCUAUGAUGAAAUGAUCUUUCAGGACCCCACUGCCAUGAUGCAGCAGCUGCUGAACACUACUCGUCAGCUGACUUUGGGAGCCUACAAGCAUGAGACAGAGUUCGCAGAGUUGGAGCUGCGCACUCGCGAGAAGCUCGAGGCGGCCAAGAAGAAAACCAGCCAGGAGAUCACGGAAUUGAAAGAAAGGCUGAAAGCCAGCAGGGAGACCAUCAACUUCCUGAAGGGAGAGAUUCGCAAACUGGAGGAGGAGGACCAGAUCAAAGACCACUGAGGAGGUCAUAGGCUGACCUCUCUAAAUUUACUUGAAGCGUUUGAUGGAGCUGGUUGAAUCAGAAUCAGAAAUGGCACCCUACUUAAGUCAGAGAGGGUAUUUCAGUAUGUGACACAACAUAGAUUUAGUUCCUUUGGCAGAAAUAAAAUGUUUUAAGGCGUCAUCUUAUAUUUCAACAUCACUGCUUUUAGCUGAAGACAAGUUUUUUUCUUUGUGUAUUUGAAGCCAAUGCAGAAUUCAUUCCUUCUGUGUUCAUUGGGUGCAGGAUACCUAGAAAUUGUAUUAAGUGACGUAAAACAGUCCAGCGUAAAGUGCUACACUCAUAUGUGUGACUUUGACCUGAAUGUAUAGUGGCCAUACAAACUGCAGCCUUUGUGUUUUUCUCUCAGUGUGAGAUAUCAUCACUCCCAUCAUGACUGUGCCUGCUUUCAGUCCAAACGCAGCCAAGUGAUAAUGGAAUGUCUCUGUGUUAGACUAAAUGGGUUGUGAUCUUUUUACAUUUAUUUUUCAAGGGAAGACACAAGUUUUCCUUGGGUCUUUUUUUCUUUUUAAUGAAAUUGUUCCCUUUUUGUUUCGGGUUGCAAACUCUAUUUUUUUUUUUAUUACAAAUAGCUUGUUAAUCUGUGAAAGAGGUUAAUUUAACUGGGGUAAGGUGACUUGAUAGAGUAACAAUUUUGUGUAUGUCUUCAGGCAUUUUGAAAAUCCCAAACAUUUGGUUGUACAGUGUUGCAUUUGUUUGUGUUGUUGGAAAAUGGAUUGACCUUGUGUACUUCAAAUGUUCUCACCAUAAACAGUCAAUGUUU